UAAAAGAAAAAGUGACGAUUUCACUGAAGAGAUCAGACAACACGGCCCGAAAGUGCGGGUUUUGCAUUUUAGCAGCCGCAUUUUUACUAGUACUGGUCUCUGUCGUUUUUGUCAUUUAAUGACUAAACAUUUUACAUGAACCCCUAGUCACUUUGUGGCCGUGUGUUUGUGUGUGCGUGCGAGUGUGUUUGUGUGAGACGGAUAACGGCUAGUUAGCAUUAGCUAGCUUCUGAACCUAGUUAUAGACCAGUGGAAAAGCUAGCUAGCAUUUGGCAGUCAUUGCAAUGAUGGCCUCCGAAAGCGGUAGCAACAUGGAUAGAGAGAUGAUCCUGGCUGACUUUCAGGCUUGCACCGGUAUUGACAUUGCGGAAGCAAUUACUCUCCUAGAACUCAACAACUGGGAUUUGGUGGCUGCCAUCAACGGAGUAAUACCACAGGAAAAUGGGAUCUUACCAAGUAACUACACCAGCGAGGGCUCCCAGACGCCUCCGUUUGGCCCCCACGGCCAGGUGCCGCCCUCUGCAGCAGAGGCGGCCGCGGCGGCAUCGGCAAACACGGGGGCGGGAGAAGCUCCGGCGACGGCCUCGGCCUCGAGCCACCCGACGGCCUCCUCCUCCUCCUCCUCGUCUUCCUCCACCUCCUCGCCCGCUGCUGCUGCCUUCUGCCCGGCGGCGCGCCACAUCGUGGAGAGACAGCCGCGCAUGGUGCACUUCCGGGUGGACUACCGUCAGCGCUCCGUGGAGGUGGUGCUGGAGGACUCCAGCUCAGUAGGUGAAAUCAAACAGAUUCUGGAGACAGAGCUCCAGGUGCCCAUGGCCAAGAUGCAGCUGAAGGGUUGGAAGAGCGGUGACGUGUCUGACAGUACCGUGCUGAAGAGUUUACAUUUACCCAAGAACAACAGCCUGUAUGUCCUGACCCCAGACAUCACGCCCUCUGCCAGCACUAGCCAGAACAGCACACACGAGUCAUUAAAUCAGAACUUCCUGCUGGUGAUCAGCCAUCGCGAGGCCCAGAGAGACUACAGCCUGAACUUCCCUGCCAGCAAAACCAUUCAGGAGGUGAAAAGAAAUAUCUCGGACCUGACGAAUAUCCCCGUGCGACACCAACAGUGGGACGGAUGGCCAGCCUCGGCGUCUGACGAUUCGAUGACGCUCGCUGCUUCAGGCAUCAGUUACCCGUGCCACCACCUGAGUGUGUGCCGCCGCUCGUCCCCCGCCGCCCCCUCAGACCAGGCUGACGAAGUGCCCGGCCCCAGCCCCGCCACCCACAACCCGUGUUCAGAUAUCCAUAUGGUUAGUGACAGCGAGGGGGACGAUUUCGAGGAUGCCCCAGAGUUUGGCGUUGACGAGUCUGAGAUCUUUAACAUGGGGAGCUCCUCAGGAUGUCGGAAGUCGCCAAUGAUGCCAGACAACAGUGAAAAUGAGGGUGAUGCCUUACUGCACUUUACUGCCGAGUUUUCCAAAAGAUACGGAGAAUGCCAUCCAGUCUUCUUCAUCGGCUCCUUGGAAGCAGCUUCGCAAGAGGCCUUCUACGGCAAAGCCAGAGAUAGGAAACUGCUGGCCAUCUAUCUCCACCAUGACGACAGUGUCCUCAGCAACGUCUUCUGCUCCCAGAUGAUGUGUGCCGAGUCCAUAGUCUCCUACCUGAGCCAGAACUUCAUCACAUGGGCCUGGGAUGUCACUAAAGAGGCCACCAAAGCCAGACUACUCACAAUGUGCACGCGGCACUUUGGAAGUGUGGUAGCACAGACCAUUCGAACGUACAAGACGGACCAGUUCCCACUUUUACUAAUCGUCAUGGGCAAGCGGACAUCCAACGAAGUAUUACACGUCAUACAAGGCAACACAACAGUAGAUGAGCUGAUGAUGAGACUAAUGGGAGCAAUGGAGAUCUUCACAGCCCAGCAGCAGGAGGACAUCAAAGAUGAGGACGAGCGGGAGGCCAGAGAAAUGGUGAAGAGGGAACAGGACGAGGCCUACCGCCUCUCCCUAGAGGCAGACCGCAAGAAGAGGGAAGCACAGGAGCGUGAAGAAGCAGAACAGGUGCGCCUGAAACAGAUCAAGAGGGAGCAGGAAGAGGAGCGAGAGGCGAUCCGGCUGACGUUGGAGCAGGCCUUACCGCCGGAGCCCAGCGAGGAGAGCGGCGAGCCAGUCAGCAAGCUGCGCAUCCGCACGCCCAGCGGCGAGUUUCUGGAGCGACGGUUCCUGGGCAGCACAAAGCUCCAGGUGCUCUUCGACUACGUGGCCUCCAAGGGCUACCCCUCGGACGAGUUCAAGGUCCUCACCACCUUCCCGCGCAGAAAUAUUACGCAAUUGGACCCGGGUUCGACCCUGCUUGAGGCCAAGCUCUUCCCCCAAGAGACGCUCUUCCUGGAGGCUCGGGAGUAGCAGCACUGCCCCCCACCCCCAAUACCCCCAUAACCAUAGCCCACCACCACCCCCUGCCGCUGACGGGGACUGGAACGAACGGAGGACAGGACACCCCAAGCAUGGUCCCACAGCGUCCAGAGACCACCCUAAGAGACUCUCAAUUGCACACAGAUGAACACACACACACACACACACACACACAAAUGAACACACACACAAUUUUAAACAUGGACGGACACUAAUGAGCGCGCACCCACACACACACAGAUUUAAAACUCGCCAGUGGGUUGUACAUGAAUGCUGAGUGUACAAGUCUGCACAGAGAAGCUACUCACAAGCACACAAUGAAUACGAACACACAGACACAGGCACACACAUACACAUACAUACACACUCUCCGUACACGAUUUUGCCGUGUUUUCUUUUUCUUCUUUUUUGUCAGCCCACAUUUUUGAAAUGUAAAAAAAAAUAAUAAUAAUAAAAAAGAAAAUCCUACAAACAGUAACUUAAA